AUGUCAAAUUCAAAACAAAUUGUUAGAAUUUCAGAUGAUUUAGAAUUUUCUAUUGAUUCUUUUGUAACACCAGGAUGUUAUGAAGGUGAUUUAUCAUGUAUUGUUAUACCAGAAGGUUUAGUUGUAGAUAGAGUUAAAAAAUUAGCUCAUGAAAUUCAUGAAUCAUUAGGAGAUGUACCAUUAAUAUUAUUAUGUAUUUUAAAAGGAUCAUAUAAAUUUUUUACAACACUUGUUGAUGAAUUAACUAUUGCUAGAAGAAAUUGUACAACUUCUUUAACUGUUGAAUUUAUUAGAGCAAAAUCUUAUGAUGGAACUGCUUCAACUGGACAUUUACAAAUUAUUGGUCUUGAAUCACUUGAUGAAUUAAAAGGUCAAAAUGUUGUUAUUGUUGAAGAUAUUGUUGAUAGUGGUUUAACAUUACAUCGUUUAAUAAAAACAGUUAAUGACAAUGGAGCAUCAAAUAUUUGGACAGCAAUUCUUUUAUCAAAAAGAGUUGAAAGAACAAAAGAAGUUCCAGAAAAUUUUGUUGCAUUUAGUAUUCCAGAUAAAUUUAUUGUUGGUUAUGGUUUAGAUUAUAAUCAAAAAUUUAGAGAUUUAAAUCAUAUUGCUGCUAUGAGUAAAAGUGGAAUAGCUAAAUAUAAAUAA